UAUAUAUAAUUUAGAAUGGAAAGACUGGAAAAUAGAAUAGAUAGAGUCUGCCUGUGUUCACAGUUUCGUCAUUUUUAUUUUUGCAGAUCGCACUGAGGAAAAAAAUAGUCACUGGAGUUUGUCAGAAUAACCUGAAGGGAAAGUCAGCCUUUUCUCGUUACUUGUGGUUGAUUGUCGUGAUUACGUGAUGCUCAUGAUGGUGGUAAUGAUGGUGGUGGUUCGUGAACUCUGUAAUUAUCCUGCGCUGGCCGUUUGUUGCAACCGUUGUUGUUGUUGUUGUUGUUGUUGUUGUUGUUGUUGUUAGUGGUGGUGGUGGUGGGGGGUGAUUGUGGUAAUGGUGAGUGAUGCUGGCGGCGGUGGCGUUGAUGCUUCCUUGGCGAAGAGAACGGCAAAACAUUCCUGUGGUGUAAGUGACGCAUUUUUGCCAACGUGUUACAGAACUUAGUCAAAGACACGACUAAGUAAAAGAAUUUGCGUCGGCGUGUUUUUGAAGCGAAGCCGACUAAGUGGAACAUCUUUCUUUUUUCCUACAGAAAGGAAAGCGUGAGAUUUAGAACAUACAUAAUUAAUGAACAAUAAAGUAUCACCAACAGGUAGAGAAUAUCUGUUGGUGGCCUGGUGGUGGUGUACGCCGCUGUGUGCCGCAGGCAUCGUAGCAGCACAGUGUUGGCAGGGAAAAUGAUGUUCCCUCUAGGAACCUUCCCCGACGACGCCGAAACCCAACAGAGGCUUGAGGAAUCCGACAUGAAUUCUCCUGAUGGCUCCCUCUCACGUGGCGCCCAACCAGAACAAGCUGAUGGCCCGCCGGAGGUUAGGCUCACCAAAGAGAGGCCCUCGUCACCUGAGUCACACUCGCUCAUCAGUGAUCCAGCGACAACCACUAGACCAGUCACCGCCCUCGUCGACCACUGGCAUGGACCAACGGUGGUCAGCAACCCUCUUUUCGUCAGGUCCUUCAAAAGGAGAAUUCGAACCCGCGAACGCCGGGGCUGCAGGUACAAGACGCUGUGCAGCCCUGCUGACCUGAGACCUCCGGAACGAAAGCACCAACUGGAGAUGACAGACUGGGCUGCUGAUGAUGGCUGGGAGGAGGAGGGAACCUACACUUAUGUUGGUGAAGUGAGGGAUUCGCCUCUUUAUGAAGAACACGAUGAGAGUGAUAGCUGUGCACUUGGUUCCCCAGGAUCCGAUAGUGUGUUUUUGCCGCACCAGAGUCCCUCACCAGCCCACUCUCCGAAUCUGUCGCCCAGGAAGCAAGAAUAUAAGACUGACUUCUUGGGAAAAUGGAGGAACUCUUCUAUAUCACCGGAGAGUCCUGAUCAGGAAUCUCAUCUUGAUUUGUCGGAAAGUCGCCAAGAAUCAAAGGAACGAAGUACAGGGUUUUCCUUCCUCUCUCGACUCGGCAAAAGUGUUUCCCCGAAGAAAAAACAUUUCAGACCUCCUCCAAGGUCUCCUGGUAGCGAAACAGGUUGGGAGAGUGGUACUGAUCCUUCUCCAACCAAUGGAGACGAAGCCACAUCUCCCUCACCUCGCUCUGGCCUCCCAGCCUCCCAGGAACACUCAGUGCGCCUCACCAAGAUACCCAUUAGGACGGCCUAUGUGACCAGCCUCAGCAGGGAGCCUCAACCUCUAGAAUCAGCAAGGAGACCAGCUGAGAGUGUGGCUGCACAGGAGGGACAAACUGCAAGAUACUCAAGCAUCCCACCCACACCCAGACUCCCGCCUCCUCCACCCAGUAGAAAAUAUGGCGUUGCGUCUCACGCGCGGGUAAGUGCUCGUGAGAAUGGCCACGGCACCGGACAUGGCCGGCCCAAAGACUCUGUCACCGAGGCUCUACCUGAUGACUCGCCUACAUCGUGGGAGAGUGGGAGCCCAGGUGUCACUGAGAACGACAGAGUCACAGGAUCGUGCCCCCACCUGUCCAAGGACAUGGCUACCUCACCGAGACAGCUUCGAAAUGUUGAAGCUGAGGGACUGGAGACGCCCUCCCCAAAGCAAGGGCCUCAGUCUGCUCCCUGUGUCCUAGGCCUCAGCCAGGCCCCCGCCCCAGAUUCUUCUCCCUCUGCAGAACUGCUGUCCCCAGAGACGAGUCACUCAGGACGCAGUGAGGAAGUAAGUCCACGUAAGAAUAAAUUUUUCCCAGGAUUUGUCUUCCAUAGUGACGGCACUGUCAGGAAGAGUGAGGCUGAGAGAAGCGCACCCAAGGAGCGAGGAAAGAAGGAAAGAAGCGGCACCUCUGAGUGGAAGGUAACCGAGGCCAUCGCGACGUUGAGCCAAGGCAAACUGAGAAGAUCCGGCGCUCUCAGGAAGAGAGAUGACAUGCAGCGUCUCACCGGGGAGGCUGGACCGCCCCACGAGCUGGGCGGCGCAGCAGGAAAGACACAAGUGGAUCACGAGAGAACUAACUUCUCAGCAGCAGGAGGGACGCCAUACACAGCAGCUGCCCCUAGAAGUAGCCGAGUAAGUAAGACUGACAUCCUGCAGGACAAGGAUGAAGUCAAAAGCUAUCCAGAAAAUUGUAGGACUGAAGCUUCUUCAUCCGGGACAGCUCCCAGGCAGCUGUCUGAGAGAUAUGUUAAAAAUCGCACCAAGCGUACAAUGGAACGAUCAAUUUCAGUUCCAUUUUGGAUCAAACACCAGUCUCAGGACGCCUCGUCCCCCCCGGAUGGCAGGCCAACAGCCUUGCAGGGUCAUGACCGUGAAGGCAUUCCAACUGAAGUUAAAUCCCAUAGUGAAGCAAAGAUCGAGCACAUGGCGAGGGCGGGGCCAGGCAGGGAACAGAGGAGGGCCUCCCACAAGCGAGCCAGGUCCCAGGAUGCAACGAGGAGUUUCAGUGCCGAGGUUCUGAGCCUCAUUCCCAGCAGGUCUUCCUCGCAUGAAAACCUUAUCAAGAGAGACACGGGGCUGGCGAUGGAACUUCUGACGGCAGAUGGGGGAAGCAUGGACGCGGCGUCUCCUUCAAGCGUGGAUCUUCCCAUGCCGCAGCGACACACCAGCUGCAGCGACGUGGCCCUCGCCGCCCAGAGUGAGCAGGACCACUCAGGGUUCUCGCUUCUCCGGGAUUCAAGACUGAGGAGCGUAUCGGCAGCAAGUCUGACUAAGAAAGGAUCUGGAGGUAAGGGAUCGCAGAGCACAAAAUGGUUUGAUAAGGAAGAGACGCCUCACGUGGAUCAGGUGGACAGCGGAGGCAGCCCCAAGACCUGCCACCACGUGUACACGUCCCCCUACGACAUGCUCUCACAGCCCAGAGAGCGCCCCUACCUGCAGCGGCUGAUGGGCGUUUUCAACAUGCUGGGAGCGGACAGCAAGAUGGAUUCCCUGGUGCAGCAACUCGACCUGUACAGCAAGCAGGGCAUCCCGAGGCAGCCGCACCUCCUCGCCUGCCAGACCAUGGGCAGCGAAGAAGACGUGGUGCUUGAGGACAGCUGGCGCACGCUGGUCGAGGGACAGGAUCAGCUGGACGAGAGACAGGAGCAGCAGCAGAGCGCCAUCUGGGAGCUGGUGGAGACAGAGGCCACCUAUAUACACAUGCUCAAAGUCAUCACCGACCUGUUCCUGGCAUGUCUGUGCAACCUGCAGAACGAGUCGCUACUCAACGAGGUGGAUACGGACAAACUCUUCAGCAACAUUCAGGAGAUCUACUUCGCCAACCUCAACUUCUGGCGGGAACACGUGACUCGCAUGUUAGACGCCUCCCGCUCCUCCCGCCAGCCUCUGGACCCCACCCUCCUCACCGAUGCCUUCUACAAGUUUGACGAGUUGUUCCAUCCGUACACACCCGUUACUGUCUGGAGCAGAGCAACUGUCAGCUGUACUGCAAGGAGAAGGAUCAUGACAACGAAUACUUUCAAGAUGUACCUCGCGUGGUGCGAGACACAGAAGGAGUGCAACAGACUGCGGCUGGUGGACAUCCUGGUGCAGCCGAUGCAGCGACUAACCAAGUACUCCCUGCUGCUCAAGGCGAUCCUCAAGAAAACCACGCUGGAGGAGCACAGGCAGUGCCUUCACGAGAUGAUCACUCAUGUGGAGAACUUUGUGUCCAACGUCAACUCCGCGUUACGUCAGAAACACGAGCAGGAGAGGCUUCGGGACAUUUCCAAACGCAUUGAAGCCUAUGAAGCUGUCGAGGCGAGGGACGACGAGCUGGAGCGGGUGGUGAAAAACUACUCUGAACUCAACCUGACCCAACCAAUGCCCGGCUGUCCCGAGCACCUGGCGCGGCACCUGCUGCACCACGGCGACCUGCGGCUGCGUGACCCCCACACCAAGAUGGACGUGCAUGUCUUCCUCUUCACCGACCUGCUGCUCAUCACCAAGGUCACACAGCGCAAGGCGGAGAAGGUCAAGGUGGUGCGGCCUCCCUACCCUGUGGGACGCCUGGUGCUGGUGGAGCUGAAGGACAAUACUUCCCUGGGCCUAGUGUCCGUCAGCGAGUGGGGCGUGGCUGUGGCGGCCUUCACCCUUCAGUGCCCGGACCAAAAAUCGUACAGGACGUGGUACGAUACCCUGAAGCGGGCGAAGGAGCAGUACCGGGAGGCGCAGCAGGCGCGGGACGCGAUGGUGUUCGAGGACAUGGCGUGCGUGGGACACCUGGCGCCCCGAUCACCGCGCCCCGGCUCCUCCAGGGCCUCGCGCGUCUCCAGUUUGGCGCAUUCGCACUCUGGCUCGAUAGACCUGAACGAGACCUCGCCGGCGGCCACGCAGCACCACCCCAGCAUCGACAUGAGCGACGUGAGGGCCUCAAGCGCCUCCAGUGAGGAUUCAGUGGCCCUGCCCGCCCCUGAGAUCCAAAGGUCGAGGUCACUGGAGGGGGGCGGGUGCGGCGCUGUUUCCCCACGUCCAGAUCGCCGCCCAGGCAUUCCCAAGACCCCCAACACCCUGAGUGUGACGCCGCCCUACGCCACGGGUCAGUCCCUUCCCAACCUCACCGUGGAGUCCUCCAACUCCCUGCGUGUUCCCGGCAGCAACGGCAGCAACCCCAAGGCCCUCUCCCCAGGGAACCGGGGCGUCUCGUAUCCGCCGCCGUCGCCCCGUACGCUCCGCCGGUCAGCGCCUGUCCCGCAGUCCCGCAAUCCGCCGCUCCUCAAGACCCGCCACGUGACCUCCAUGGUGGGGUCGCCGCAGGAGGUGGAGCAGAACGAGCAGGAGGAGGGUCGUGGGGGGGCGCCGCGCAGGGUGUACCGCAACGACAGGAUGGACAACCGCCGCUAUCACACUGCAGGAGCCAUCGACGACAUCAAGAAGCAAGAUACCAAAGACACGAGCAUCCACAAACGACUGUCGUGGAACUAUGGCCAGGGACCCCCACCGCCGCCACGGGAGCUGGGCAGUGACCCCUCCAAGCUGGGCCGCCACAAGCACUCGCUCAAGAAUGUGUCGUGCGAGUCAGUGCACAGCUCCUCGGGCGUGUCUUCCACCUCCUCUCUGCACCGCUCGCUGGGUUCCGAGGUGGAAGCGCUCGAGAACAUUGACGACAACGAGGGACAAAGUAGGACGGACGGCGAGGCCACCGUGGUGGACCUCACAGUGAGUGACUGCACGAGCCUCAAGAUUUCCCCACACAUUUCCACUACCUACAUCUGCCACGACUCUGACAUCACGCUGGGGGUUUGUUCUCAAUACAUCACGCAGCCAAACAGCUCGCCCGAGGCCCUUCCCUCGUCCCCGCAGCCAAGUGAAAACUGCGAGAACCUGGUGAAGAUUGACGUGUCCGAGAUGGAUCCUGGCAUCUCUUCGGUGCAGAUCACAGUGACGGAGGGCGCCGCCCCAUCCGGGUCCACCCCCAGCCUACCAGCGGAUAGCGCGGCGUCUGGCAAGACAGACGACCUGAGAAUGCGGGAGAUUCUCCUCAACGAUGCGUCUGUGGAGGCGUCGGAUGUAUGAGAGUGGGGUUGAGCGUCCCGUGUGAGGGGGCGACCGUGGUGAGCAUCAGCCACCAACACCACUGCUGUCACCACCCCGGUGUCGUGCCACCGUCGGCUGGACGCUCGGUGGUGGCACAAAGAAACAGUAUUAGUCGGCCGUGCGUCGCCGCGCUGUACCAGUCAACCCUCUGACCCGCAGGGCGACACAUCAGUCACUGUGAUCUGGAGAAGUCAGUUGUCAGUGACGCAAGUCUUGUGCUUCAACAAUGGACAACGAACCGCGCCAGGCCUUCCCUCCCACGGGCGGGGAGCCACGCGCUGCCCCCGAGGCGCUUCACCACGUUCCCGGUGUAGGACUCGCGACCGCUGGGCCGAGUAAGGGCCGGCCGGCGACCUCUCCCGAGCCGAGCUUGUGCCCAUCCUUCGCCUUCCAAAGUUAUGGUCUGUGACACUGACUCAGUUAUGAGCGUUCUUGUGACUUAACCUACAAGUGCAACCCUCACUGUUUUUGUACUGUACAUUCCAUCCCUCGACAUGUAUUUAUUGCAACUUUUUUUCACCUAAAGUCAUUCCAGUCGAAGCAUCUAGGUAUUCUUCCCCGUGAACUUCGUCAGGUGGUGUUGUCGCCACCCACUUGGAUGAUGAAUGGAAAGUUUAUGAAUAUAUCUAUAUAUAGAUUAUAUACACAAAAGCAUGUAUUUGUAUAUAAACAUAUAUGUAUCAACACUAAACCUUUUUUGUGAAUUUCAAAUAUUUUUAUAUCUCACAAUCUUCAAAGCUGCAUCCUAGUCCUAGAAGCUGUAGUCUUGUUAUUAUCAACGGGAAUAAUGUUGACAUUUUCCAGACCUUUGUAGAGAAUAAUGUACAGUCUAUUUUAUAUUGUCCUUGCAUCCUAAUACUGUAUAUCAUAAUUUUAGAGACACAUAGUUCCUUCAUGACUAUUUGUAACUAGCUGAAACACUUGUCUAAGGUUAGGUAGGUCGUACCCGGUUUCUGUGCAAGCUACACGGGACAGAGAGAGGGUGGGUCGGAGUAGCUUGUUCAUUGUUGCAAGUUUUAUUACGAUCUUGUAAGAAUUCGUAGUAGACACGUCCUUGCACAAACUCUGCUCUGUGAAUGAAAUGCAUUUCAAUAUCAAGAACUAGCAAUAACAGUUUUAAGGCAACGUGAAGCUAGUGAUUUUUAAUAGUUGAUGAGCUUCCACAGGACUUGACUUCUCCUCAUUAUAAAUGGAGAAGCAAGUCUCCUGGUGGUUCAAGCUUCAGUUCUUCUUCGACUGAUACACCUCAUGCUCUUUGUCAUGUUUUGCCAGACGGUAAGCUGUAGUGCUGUAGAGUAGGCGGCGGAGGGCAGAUAGUGUUGCCCCGCUUAGUGGCACGCGAGCAGCGGUUGAGGGGGAUGCGGUGGUCUGUCGCAAGACCAAUCAGCAACCCCAGCUGAGCACUGUACAUACUUGAGCGUGACAAUCCACUGCACCAAGGUCGAUGUAGUAGAAGAAACCAGAGGUACGGUAGGUGUGUGUAGCUGGGCAAGCCUUCUGGCAUGAACGCCUAUGCACAGGGUCGCCCUGAAUACCGCCAGCCACUACAACAGCAAGGAGAGAGUUUUGGAUCAUUGCCUCACUCAUCUUGUUAAACACAGCAGGAUACACACUGGCUGUCUUUAUCCCAUUCCUUCAUUUUUCUCAUUAGAGAAGAUUUCAUUGACCCGUUGUAGCGAGGCUCCCUUUAGCCACACUUUCAGCACUACGUUGCCUUGUGCUGCAAGUGGAAGCCGUGAGUCAGUCCACUUCAGCGUCUUGGGAGAGGUUCAAAUUUUGUAUUACGAAGUCAUGUAUGUAAAUAAUAUUUUCACAGCUUCUUUCCCUCUGGCGAAGAGUCCAUCACUAUAAAGGACUUGAACAGUGAACAUAAAUUAAUACUUACCUCCACUCAUCCCACUUUCAUUGUGAUGAAAAUCAUUAUAGUUAAAAAUCAUUUGUCUCGGGAAGUUGUGCUCGCGUUCUUCACAUAUCACAUUCCCGUGCUGCUAAACAGUUUCACAUGAACUGUGUCAACCUUUGGCUACUUUUCCCGUCUUUCCGAGGGUCGUUGCCACGCCCUUACUGAACACAGUGAGUGACGAGCCUUGAGUGUUGCGGGCGCUCCAGUCUCGCUCUGUCAUGUGUCUUUUUCUGGGGAGACAAAAGGCACCCUGACCGCAAGACCCCAGCGCCCUCCCUCGGGGCUAGACGCUUCACGCCGGCUCGCAGGACGCCGCUGGAGGCUGACUCACGACAGUCUGUCCCGCGCAGGACAUAACUACCGUUGUUUCUUCAAAGAAUCACACCCAAUGUACGUGGCAUUACUAGGGAUACUUAAAAUAUAAAACCAAAGCUGUUGACUGGGUAAGCUCGAGGGGAUGACGCCGGGACAUUUUGUGGAUGUUCGGUGCUUCCCCGGAGCUCCAGGGAUCGUGUCGAGGGAGGUGGAGGAGUCUACUGACCGAGGGAACACUGGACGGCGAGACUCCAUUUCUCAUGCCUUAUGCUCCAUUAUGUCGAGGUGUCUUGUGGUUGGCAUGGUUGAUAUUAUAUAGUGUGCAACCCUAUAUAAGACAUUUUUGUAUCAUAACUCGUGACUUUUGAAAUCAAGUACUGUGAUUAUGCACUCCUCAGUGUUAUUUUUUUUUUCCGAGGAAGGUGAUUUGCCGCCUCUUUGAGUGUUGUUCACAAAUAUUGCAAGAAAUCGAAAUAUAAUAAAUUGUUUGAACUUCAUUGUGAUCUGAGUUGUGUUCAGUAUCGAUGAGUUUUUUUUUUUUUUCAAUUGUAUCCUUUGAUUGUACAAAAAUGUAUGUAACAGGGGAAAUCAUGUGAAGCAACUGUUAUGCAAUUUUCUUAUACAAGCUACACAUGGAUUCUGAUCCCUCUACUGUCUCUCAUUGUUGUACAGUUUUCUUUCCUAUUUUUUUUUUUCUGCAAGCUCAGACUGUUAUACUGAAGACAACUUUUACGUAUGUUUUAUUUAUUACAUUGGUAGGAUAAGUUGAUAGCUAACACUUGCUAUGUGUAUAGUAUUGGCUUUAGGUGUUUCACAAAAUGUAUAUCCUUUAUGUAUAAAAAUGAAAUCUUGAUUGCAAAUACUAUUUUAGUGAGUCAGACAUGAUGGGCCAGACAUUUUCAUUUUGUCAUUGGAAAGAUGUAGAAAAUAUAAUUUCUCUGCGAUAA